AUGGAUCAAGAUAUAUCAUAUUCAACCACCGUUGAACUUUCGAUAGCCUGCAGAAAUUUGUGCGACACUGGUGUUUUGUCGAAAUCCGAUCCACUUGUUGUUGUGUUUGAAAAGUCAUUCCCUGAUAAUCAAUGGGUUGAACUAGAUAGGACGGAAAUCAUACAUAACCAUUUAAAUCCUGAUUUCGCUAAGAAGAUUGUCAUGGAAUAUCAUUUUGAGGAGCAACAACGUUUAAAUUUUGUUGUGUAUGAUGUCGAUUGGAAGUCAGAUAAGUUAGAAAAACAUGAUUUUCUUGGCAAUUGUGAGACAACUCUUGGUGAAAUUGCGUCUUCUGGAAAGAUAAGUAAACUCUUAAAAAAUGGUCCUUCGAGUGAUUGUGGGUCAAUUAUUAUUUCUGCAGAGGAAGUUUCUUCUUGUAAAGAUGAAUUGACACUUGACAUUUCUGGGAGGAUGCUAGAUAAAAAAGACAUAUUUGGAUCAUCUGAUCCUUUCCUCGCAUUUUACAGGGUAAAUGAAGACAGAAGUCGAACAGUCGUUUAUAGAACAAAAGUGAUAAGAAACACAUUGAAUCCAAACUGGGAGCAGAUGAUUAUACCAUUAAGGCUUUUAUGUAAUGGAGAUCAUUACAGACCCCUGGUCAUUGCUUGCAUUGACUGGAACAGGAGUGGAAGAGAAAGUUUGAUUGGCGAAAUUACUACAUCUGCUAAUGAAUUGUUAACUAUGUUUAAUAAUGGGAUAUAUUCACUUGAUCUUAUUAAUCCCAACAAAGCUAAAAGGCAUAAACAUUACCAGAAUUCUGGAACUCUGCAUUUGAAUUUGGUCAGGAUCGAAAAAGUAUACAGCUUUCUGGAAUAUGUCCAAGGAGGUACUGAACUAAGCUGCUGUAUUGCAAUAGAUUUUACAGCAAGUAAUGGUAGUCCACAAGUUCCCGGUACAUUACAUUACAGCACAGUUAAUCAACCAUCACAGUAUGCGGUUGCUUUACAAGCUGUAGGAGAAAUAAUCAGUGAUUACGAUAGUGAUAAUCUAUUUCCUUCAUUCGGAUUCGGUGCUUGUAUUCCACCUGAUAAUAAUGUGUCACAUUGCUUUCCCCUGAAUGGACACAUGGAUAAUCCGUACUGUGAGGGUAUUCAAGGUGCAAUGGCUGCUUAUGCCCAUUCAUUGAGAACAGUAAAGUUUCAUGGGCCAACAAAUUUUGCUCCAAUCAUUAACACAGUAGCUAGUAUUGCUCGUCAGUCUGUCGAUGGUUCUCAAUACUCCAUUUUACUGAUUCUCACUGAUGGGAUCAUAUCAGAUUUGCCUCAAACAAAGGCUGCUAUAGUAAAUGCGUCCAGUUUACCUUUAAGUAUCAUUAUUGUUGGCGUCGGUCCUGCGAAUUUCGAUGAAAUGGAAGAACUUGAUGGUGAUGAAGUAAGACUAAGUUCUCGUGGAAAAACGGCGAUUCGUGAUAUUGUUCAGUUUGUUCCUUUUCGCAAUUUCCACCAGUUGAAUAAUGUUCAAGAGAGUAAAAGACGUUUAACUAAAGCUGUUCUCUCAGAAAUCCCAGAUCAAUUGGUAUCUUAUAUGCGAAUGCAAGGAAUUAAACCGUUGAAUACACAAAAUAAUGAUUUUAAGAUAGGAACACAUUCAGAAUUCAGGGAUUCAAGUUGUAAAAUGUAUCAUUCAGAUAAAUUGCCUCACGUUCCACCUUAUCCUACUGAUAUUGCUAAUCCACCUUAUCCAAAUUGUUAA